AUGGAAGAUAUUCAGCACAAAACCAUCGGGUUGCGGCACAUGAGCAAAAAGGAAAGCGGUAAAAAAGGCACACAGCAUCCAAUUAAUUGCCAUGUCGUAUUGGCCACCUACCAGUGUUCAUAUAAAUCAUGUGCCCUGAGUACAUGACGGUAAUUGCGAAUGUAUGUCCAAAAAUAUUUAUUUUAUAUACACAGGAAUGUAAAGUGGAUCACCAAAAAAUAGUGCAGCACCUUGGCAGAAGAGGAUUUGCAACAAGGACGGCGAUGCAGAAAGGGAGAAGAAAAAUAAUGUGCAAAGGAGAGCCGGAACAGCAUGUAUGCUCGGCAUUUUUGUAUCUUGAGGGGAGCGCGGCUCGCCGAUUGGGGUUGGGUGCACGAGGGCAGCUUCUUUUGGUGGGCAUGGUUCAUUUACAUGACGCAGAAUUCGUUGUCAUCAGCGUCGAUGGCCUGGAUCUGUGCCCUCAGCGAGUUGUACACACGCUCAGGCUGCACUCUCCAGGGCCGGGGACCUGCAGUCAUCGGCUGAUGAGGGCAUUCGGUGUCCAGCUCCAUCUCAAACACGCCAUCGAAUUCAGGACAGUCCGCCUCCCAGUCCCCGUCAAGGGUCUUGUCGUCGACCUCGCUCUCACUGUCGCUGGCAAGCGAUAGUUUGCUUUGGUGGCUGUCAAUCAGCUUGACUUCCGAGAACGAGGGGAGAGCAAAUGUCGUCGACAGCAUCGACUGCUGCAUAAGCGACUCGUUGGCUGGCGACGGUGGCGGUGAGGGGAGAGCGAUAGCGGUAAUGUACGUCUGGCUCGAGAUCGAGGGCAGGCGACUGCGGAUGAGUGUGCGAGUGGACUUGCGAGGAGCCAGGUACAGAGGAGAGGUGUAUGUGUUCAUGGAGGAUAAGUAUUGAUAUAUACAGCCGCUAAAAGAGCUCGGCACAAUAAGACUGGGACUGAGGGGGUAAGGAAAGGAAGGAGAAAGCGAGAGCCAGGGGCAGGCUAAGGCCAGUUUAUAUAUCCGUGAUAAUGGAGCGCCUCUGCAGGCGAAAUAUG